ACACGUGUCAUAGAAUGUGUCUCAAAUGAAGCCGUUGUGAUCUCCACCGUAAUCGUUUAUGGUCUAAUUAUAGAUAACCAACCAUAUUAACGUGUUUCCAAUAUUUGAAUUUCUAUUUUGAGAAGAAAAAGAAGAAAGUAAAGUAAAGGAUCAUUAAUGGGUACGGAAACUUUUGUUGAAGUUAUACUUGCAAUACUCCUGCCUCCUGUCGGCGUUUUCCUUCGUUAUGGCUGUGGAAUAGAGUUCUGGAUAGAUCUGGUGCUUACAUUCCUGGGUUACAUUCCAGGGAUUGUAUAUGCCAUUUAUGUAUUAGUUGUAUAACAUUUUGAUUUUAUCAAUAACACGUACAUUUCUCUCUUCCUUUUGUUUUUA